UUCAUUUGGCGUCGAGUGUGCAGGAGCGUCGCGUCGCGCGCUUACCGCGGAUUUGAUCAGGGUGAACACAAACUGGGGUGUGGUUUAGAUUAAUAACUACUUCAGCCUACAACAAAAUUAAUAAUACUGCAAAUCAUCUCGAGGGCAGAGAGGCGGUGUCGAUCAGAUCCGAGGCACAGGGUGGCUUUAUGUAAUCUAUUUCGUUUUAUUCUUUUCAUUGAGAUUAUGACAUUUUGUGGACGCCGAUUCUCCUGUCGAGGCUUUCAGACGCAUACAGUUGGUCGAGGAUGAGGAGGGGAAAGAGAAGUUCUAGUUGAACUACCGUUUUACUACAAUAUGGGAUGGACAGUACGUUCCUGUGAAUGGUUAAGUGGUCUGAAUUUGGGAAAACUCAGCCCUCGUAGACUAACGUGUGGAUUCCCUGCAGCGCGGUGUAUUUAGAUCUAACGUUAGUCACUGACUUACAUAAGAGCUCUUUGUGUGAGGAAUUGCACAAAGAAAUCCCGCCGCUUAACGCGUUUGGCCCCAGUGCUGUGAACACUGAUAACAAAGGGUCUUCUCUUGAUGUGUUUUUGUUGUUGUUGUUUACCUGGAUGAAAUGUACACCGAUGGAGCAAACAGCAAACCUGUCCAGCUAGGACACACCAAUGUGGUCUCUGAAAGAUCAAUACCCCAAUAAUUAGAAUCUGCCAAUCAUUCCUGAGGCUCACCAGGAUUAAUUUAGGUCUACUGCUGGGAAAGGAACAUUUUCUGAGUUGCUCUGAGAGCACUAAAUGAGUGGCGUAAGGUGUACCACAACUACAGAAAGAUGAACAACACUCUGCAAGACAGAAACAUGUUCACAGUACAAGCAGAUGUUAUAUUUCACGCGGCAAACCCUGACUCUCCAGAAUCACCUAUACCAGGUGAAGGGAACAAUAACAAUGUCCCAGCUUUGGGGAAAACAGGCCUCCCGAGCAUAGAAAUACUGCAGGGUCUCCCGGGUACAUGGGAUACGUCAGAAUCAGGAGGUUUAACUGACAACAGGAGUUUGGGAAACAACAGCGCUGUAACAGGUGCAGAAUAUGCACAAGACGCCGUCUCUAGUGACAGUGGAUUUCAAGAGCACAUACAGCCUCUGGACUCAUCUAGAGCACCAAAUCUGGACCUUAGUUUGAGAAAUAUGAGUGAAGCUUCAAGUCAAGGAAACAUUAGAGAAGAAACAAAUGGCACAAAGGUAGCUUCCAGUUUGACACCCUCUCUGUGCUUCAGAGCAGAGAACAAGAAGGAAACUGACAAAUUGUCCAAUGUCCCAAAAGAUGGUGAGGUGGUUCGGAGUCAGUUUGACAUUAAAAAUGUCUCCUCCACAUCAGAGGACAGAAAUAAUUCCUAUUCAAGCUCUCAAGAAACAAGGUCACUUGAAAAAACACUAGGAUGCUUUGUAAGUUCCUCUGAAGGAGCAGAUCAGACCCGCAACAGAACAUCGUUUGGACAGACAAGGCUGGAAUCGAGCCAAGGGCUGAAGCCAACUGGAUCUGCGGUAAGAGAAGCUCUAUCUGCAAAGGAAGAGCCGAAUUUAGUCAUAGAGGUGGGCGGACAGCAAAUACAAGCACACAAAUCAGUAUUAGCUGAGAAAAGUGAUUAUUUUAAGGCUAGGCUCUCUCGAGACAUCCUGAAGGUAAAAGGAAUGAGCUACAAGAACUUAUUGGUGCUUUUAGAUUAUGUUUACUCCUCCCAGAUGAACGUAAGCAAAGACAAUAUUGUGGAUGUCAUCACAGGAGCAAAGAUCCUGCAGAUGCCCUGUGCGGUACAAGCUGCUAUCGACACCAUAUCCACACAGAUCACGCCAGAGAACUGCUAUGAAAUCCUAACGAUCGCCAAAAAGCAGCGCUUAAAUGAACUGAAAGAAACCGCCUAUCGAUUCAUGAGUGACAACUUUCUUCAGGUUCUGAGAGAUCCAGCGGUCUACGGGCGCCUCACGGGCUCAGAGAGAGACCUCAUACUGCGCAAACGGAUGGAGAGCCGCCAGUGUCUGAUGGUGGCCGAAAUCAAUGACGUGUUUGAGCGUGUAGGAAGUAGACCCCCCAGCAGAAAUAGCAGCCGUCCCCAGAGUCCUCUCUCCAUCACCUCUUUUGAGGACAAUCACUUGAUCUACUAUUACAAUAAGAGCAGCAAGGACUGGCACACGCUGACCGUCAUGCCAGAAGACAUCAACACCAGAGGCUGCGGCAUCUGUACCAUGUACAACUACUUGUUUGUGGCCGGUGGGAUCAGGGGAACUGGGGAGAAAAGCAAAGUCUCGGACAAAGUGUUCUGCUACAAUCCCAUCACAGACCGCUGGAGCGAAGUCCGACCCAUGAAGCAAGCACGAUCGCAACUCAAACUCGUCUCCAUGGACGGGAAUCUGUACGCCAUUGGUGGUGAAUGUCUUUUCACGGUGGAGAAGUACGACCCUCGAAUGGACCGCUGGACGGCAGUGGCUCCUCUACCCAAAGGAGCAUUUGCAGUAGCUCAUGAAGCCACUACGUGUAACGGCGAGCUGUAUGUCUCUGGAGGGUCUCUGUUCUAUAGGUUGCUCAAAUAUGACCCCAAAAGAGACGAAUGGCAAGAGUGUCCAUACAACAACAGCAGGAAAAAGUCCACAGACAUGGUGGCUCUCAAGAGCUUCAUCUACCGAUUUGAUUCAAACCGUGAACAGGGCAUCAGCGUCUUUAAAUACAACACCAUCGUGAAGAUGUGGCAUGACUGCGCCUCCCAGCAGCAGGGCAGCACACUGCCGUUUCGAUGCGCUGUCAUCGAUAAUUGCAUCUACUGUGUGAAUAAAUCUCAGACUCUUCAGUUCAUUGUAGAAGAGGAUGGAGGUCGAUUCAAAGACGAAUCUCUGAAAGCACCUGUGGAGGCCAAAGGGAUCUUAUUCCCCUUCGUUCUCAGCUUGCCUGAGAGAGGUGGAAGAAUUGCAUGAGUAGGAUAUUUCAUCCCUCGGAAGACCCUUCAGAGUCGCUCCAGACCUGGAGAAAGAGAAUGCCUGGUCAAUAUUUAUAGAUUAAACAUUAUCUCCUGAGAAGUUCAAGAAGCUAGCACAUAGUGCUUGAAACUGGAAUGUGUUCCUUUGCAUGGUAAGAAGAACAUGUAAAACAAAUAUAUGUUUAGCGCCUUAAAAUCACAGCUCCACUAUUCAACUUUAGGUGAAGAAAGUCAUACAUUUACAGCUCAUAUAGUCUCUUCCUUCAUUUGUUUUGUGCACUUUGUAUCGGAUAGUAAUUUAGAUUAAACUUUGCGGCUGGAAUUAGCUAAAAA